AUGAACGUAGAAAACCUAUUUGGAAACAAUGAUGUAAAUGUAGACGAGAUAGAAAAGCUAACGAACAGCGAAAUAAAAACGAGGAUCAGUUUGAUCGACACGGAAAUUAAAAUCCUGAAAAAUGAGCACACACGAUUAAAAAAUGAGUACAAAAGUUUGCAAGAAAAGAUCAAGGAUAAUAUGGAAAAAAUACAUCUAAAUAAGAUGUUACCAUAUUUAGUUGCCAAUGUAGUGGAAUCAUUAGAUUUAGAAGAUGAUGAUGAAGAAUCAAAUGAACCCAAAGAUGAAUACGAUCUAUAUGUUAAUAAUUUUAAAGAAAACACAGAUGAAGGGUUUCGUGAUAUUGAUGAUGAAAAAAGAGGAAAGUGCAUGGUUAUCAAAACAUCUACUAGACAAACAAUAUUUUUACCUGUUCCAGGAUUGAUUGAAGCAUCUGAAUUAAAACCAGGUGACCUAGUAGGAGUGAAUAAAGAUAGUUAUCUAAUUAUUGAUAAAUUACCACCUGAGUAUGACAAUAGAGUAAAGGCUAUGGAAGUUAUUGAAAAACCAUCUGAAGAUUAUUCGGAUAUUGGAGGAUUAGAUAAACAAAUUGAAGAUUUAGUAGAAGCAAUUGUAUUACCUAUGUUACAUAAAGAAAAAUUUGAAAAAAUUGGAAUCAAACCUCCAAAAGGUGUACUCAUGCAUGGCCCACCAGGUACUGGGAAAACAUUAUUAGCAAGAGCGUGUGCAUCACAAACAAAUGCUACUUUUUUAAAAUUAGCAGGUCCGCAAUUAGUUCAGAUGUUCAUUGGAGAUGGUGCUAAGAUGGUACGGGAUGCUUUUAACUUAGCCAAGGAAAAAGCACCAGCCAUUAUUUUCAUUGAUGAAUUAGAUGCAAUAGGAACCAAAAGAUUCGACAGUGAAUUAUCUGGUGAUAGAGAAGUACAAAGAACUAUGUUAGAAUUAUUAAAUCAGUUAGAUGGGUUCAGUACAGACGAUACUGUUAAGGUUAUUGCAGCUACCAAUAGACCAGACACCCUUGAUCCUGCAUUACUCCGAUCUGGUAGACUUGAUAGAAAAAUAGAACUUCCUCAUCCAAAUGAAGAAUCAAGAGCACGAAUCUUACAAAUCCAUUCAAGAAAAAUGAAUGUACAUAAAGAUGUCAAUUUUGAAGAAUUGGCCCGUUCCACGGAUGAUUUCAAUGGUGCACAGCUUAAAGCCGUUUGUGUUGAAGCAGGAAUGAUAGCCCUUAGAAGAGGUGCUACUGAAAUUGAUCAUGAAGACUUUGUUGAAGGAAUCACAUCUGUUCUUUCCAAAAAAAAGAGCACAUUGAAUUAUUUUACUUAG